AUGGCUGUCAGGAGUAAACCCCCGUGCAAUACCUGCAAAACACAGGGACUUAAGUGUGAUACCAAAAAGCCCAGAUGCACCAACUGCAGUACUAAUGGAAACGAGGCACGAUGCAUGUAUCCUUUAACGCUGAAGUGGGGCGGAAGGCCCUACAAGGACAAGACCAAACGCAUCAAGAUGCCUCCAAACACCAGAUUGGUAGAUGGUGUACUAAUGGCAACAGUUGUGAAAAAAGAGCCCAGAGGGACACUGAAACGAAAGGAUCGAAAGUCAAUUAGAGAAUCAGCGACACCAGCUUUAGAGAACAUGACUAUGGUCAAAAAUUUCGGGGAAUUGGUUGAGGACACGCAUGGUAUAGGCUCAUCCCCUGCAGCUCAAUCACAAGCAGUGGCUUGGACAGGACAAGCACCUCUGCCACGAUUGCUUAAACCUAUGGAUCUACCAGGCCUUGUACUGUUGAAUAGUUCUGCUCAAUAUUCUGCGUUUUUCGAAUUUUAUGUAUGCGAAACUGCCCAUACUUUUGUGCCGCUACAUAAAGACGCCAAAAGCAACCCGUUCCGGACAAUUGUACCACGGCUAGCACUCCACAGCCCUACUUUGAUGAAAAUCAUUAUGGCUUUUGGGGGCAGGCAUUUAAAGCAGCGCCUUCGCGCCGAACAAGAAGAUCAGUGCUAUGCUUUGGAGGAAGGCCACUCUGACCUUUCAGUUUCAUCCUAUUCCGACAAACUGGUCAAGAAUCUUGAGAAACAGAGUCUCGUGGAACUUAUACGGCAGCUAUCGUACGCUCAAAAUGGGGUUGAUGACCUGGUUCUCGCCUGUGUUCUACUGCUGGCCAGCUUGUGCAUUUUCUUCAGUACUGACAAUAACAAAUGGUAUACCCAUCUCCAUGGAGCUGAAGGAAUUAUUAUUCGUGAACUAAAAAACCAUCCUAACGUGGAACAGAACCUUUUGAAAUACCCCUCUGAGGAAGGACCUUCUUUUUUUCUCAGACGAUGGUUUGCAUACAUUCGAGUGAUAGGUACUCUUUCAUCAGCACAUUUCCGGGGCUCACCAACCCAAGAUUAUUCAUCGCUGAAAAUUGAAUUCAAUUUGCCUACGCGACCCGAAAAAAACGAUGAAAUGGACGGGGUCUUCUACACCAAUGGCAUGGAAGUUACUGUCCUGUCAUUUUUGGCUCAGGUAGCCAAUAUAGUUUUAGAAAAUGAAAUUUCGUCAAUGCAUGCUCCUACGCCAGCACUAUUUCGUGCUACCAUCGACUUGGACUACAAAAUCAUCAAUUGGUUAAAUGUUCGCGAAAUGAGCCAAGAAGAUAAUCCGGAAGCUACAAGUUCGGGCACCAUAGGGACUUGUUUUGAUGAUAAACUACGCCAGCAUUCUAUUCUCAGAGCAACAAAUCUGCUCUUUGGGUUGACCGGUGUGCUGCAACUGCGUCGAAGAGUUAUGGGAAUGACACAUGAAAGCUCAAUGGUGCACGAUCUGCUUUGUAGAAUGACAAAUUUAAUAGAGCUAAGGAUGCCGACAGGAAACAACGUCCCAUCAUGUUUGUUAUUUUGUUUUUUUUGCUGCGGGUGUGAACUUAUUGAAGAGUCUCUUGCUCCAAGACGGAAAAUCUGUUUGAUCCAGUUGGACUCUUUGAUCAAAGACGGAGUAGAAAGUGCACUUCAUGCAAAGAUGAUUAUGGAAGAAUGCUGGCGCACGUCAAAGUCAUGGUGGGAAGUGUUGCGAGAGCGUAAUCUAGAAAUAUGUUUCGCUAUCUAA